AUGGAGCCACAUUGGGCCAGGUUCGUCCAUCCGGAAGCACCUGAUGUACAUGGCAAAUACCAACCCACCAACGACAAGGUCUUCAGAUCUCCAUUCGGUCCAUUUCCCCCUACCCCGAAGGACUUGAAUGUCCACGAGCUGUGCUUCCCGCCUGGUCGGCCUUUACCUGCAGACUAUGAUCUCUUCAUCGAUGCUGCAACUGAUCGGAGGGUCACGCUCCAUCAAUUUUACGAUAGAGUAUGCGCAUUAGCACGGGCAUUUCGUUAUGAUGGUCCCAACCCAUUGGGAUUGACGAGAUCGCCAGUGGACGACAGAGAUAACGGAGAGAUCUUGGGUCUGUUUUCCCGCAACCACAUCCACUACUCGAUGCUGGCUCACGCUUGCUUUCGUGCCGAGCUGGUGUUUGGCGGAAUAAGCCCUGCAUCCACGCCGUACGAAUUGUGGCAUGUCUUGAGAAAGAUGCAGAUCACAUCUAUUGUGUGCCAUGAGACGCUUCUACCGGUGUUGCGUGAAGCUAUCAAGCUGGGUGCUGGUCCAGACAACGACAAGCUCCGACUUGUGCUUGAUCCAGGGAAGAUUGUGGUGCUGGCAGAUGAUGAUUCCUUGGAUUUCGUCGAGGGUUAUCCAACCGUAGAGUCUUUCGUGCGACGUGGCCUGCAGAUGCAAGAGCGCAAAAGAAAACUCGUUGGCGGCGAUAAAUUGUGUUAUCUGUUUCAGUCGUCGGGCACAUCCGGUCUGCCAAAGGCCAUGAUGAUCUCUCACAAGAAUGCGGUCCACAGCGGCUUACAAGGGAUCACAGCGGGGACGCUGACUGCAUUGUUCAACCGGGUCGAACCACUCACACACCAAACACUCCUUGGAAUUGUGCCGGCAUACCAUUCUUACGGCAUGAUCAUGUGGAUUUUGCGGGUUAAUCUUGCUCCGGCUACCAACGUCAUUAUGUCGAAAUGGAACAUCGAACUCGCCCUGAAAUCCAUUGAGAAGUACAGGAUCACAGUCCUGCCUCUAGUCCCGCCGAUUGUGAGGCAGCUUGCUCAGUCUCCCCUGACUGAAAAAUACGACCUGUCGUCGAUUGUCAGCUGCACCAGUGGCGCAGCGUAUCUCCCGCCGGACGUCGCAUAUCAGCUUGCUCAAAAAUUGCCUGUUAAAACGCCCAUUCCCUCGGGGUAUGGCCUGUCCGAAGCCGCGUCCAUUGCAUCACCCCCUGUAGCAGGCAUCUUCGGCUUGAAGGCAUCCGAGCCCGGUACAAUCGGGUACCUCCUCCCAGGCAUGGAAGGCCGAGUUGUUGACCCGGACACUCUCGAAGAUGUGCCGAAGGGUACCAAGGGCGAACUGUGGGCAAGAGGGAAUGUCGUCUGCAUGGGGUACUUUCGGGACCCGAAAGCCACUGCCGACCUGUUCGCGGAGCCCGGCUGGUUGAGGACGGGAGACCUUGUCAUGCGUGACGCUGAAGAUCGAAUUCAUUACCUAGAUCGUCUGAAGGAGAUGAUCAAGGUAAAAGGUUUACAGGUAGCUGCAACCGAAGUGGAAGAUACCCUGCUUGAUCAUCCAGAGAAGCUUGUGACGGAUGCAUGUGUUGCUGGAGUCAAUAACGGUCGAGGCGACGGAAGCUUGUUUCCGAGAGCGUGGGUGGUGCUAAGCGCCGAAGGCAAGAAACAGAGUGUGGCAACAGUGAUCAAGAAGUUGAACGAGCAUGUUGGGCACCGCUUGAGUAAGCACAAACAUCUCGCAGGAGGAACCGAAAUAGUCGACUCAGACACCGUCUGGGAAGAUGUUGCGAAGAGAGAUGAGAGAUGCUUAUCAUCGCCGCCUCAAUAA